ACCUCACAGACAGAUGUUCUCCGUCCGCAGCGGAACAACAGGCUGUUCGCAGACUUUCCGGACACCAUGAGCAGGCCCAGCGCGCCGCGGACCUCCUGCUAACAGCCCCGAAGAUGCCCGAUGCGUGUUGCUGUGCGCUAGAACAUGGCGGAGUCGGAUGGUGGAGAUUUUGCUCCGAAGCAUUCGCAGAGCAGUAUGGCAAACAAGAAUAGCACCCUUCGCUGUACUUUCUCGGCUCCCAGUCACAGUGCCACCCUCCUCCAGGGCUUGUCGGUUUUGCGGGCCCAAGGCCAACUACUUGACGUCGUGCUGGCCAUCAAUGAGGAGCGCUUCCAGGUCCAUAAAGCAGUGCUGGCCGCCUGUAGUGAUUACUUCAGAGCAAUGUUUACCGGAGGCAUGAGGGAGUCUAACCAAGAUACCAUUGAGCUGAAGGGACUGUCUGCUCGAGGGCUGAAGCAUAUUAUUGACUUUGCCUACAGUGCAGAAGUGACUUUAGACCUGGACUGUAUUCAGGAUGUCCUCGGGGCUGCAGUGUUUCUGCAGAUGGUCCCUGUCGUGGAGCUCUGUGAGGAGUUCCUCAAGUCAGCGAUGAGCGUCGAGACCUGCCUGCACAUCGGGCAGAUGGCCACCACCUUCAGCUUGUCUUCCCUCAAGGAGUCGGUGGACGCCUUCACCUUUCGUCACUUCCUCCAGAUUGCAGAGGAGGAGGACUUCCUGCACAUUCCCAUGGAGCGCCUCAUCUUCUUCCUUCAAAGCAACAAACUGAAGAACUGCAGUGAGAUCGACCUCUUCCACGCCGCCAUCAGGUGGCUCCAGUAUGACGGGUCGCGCCGGGCUCAAGCCAGCAGCGUCCUCUGCCACGUGCGCUUCCCGCUCAUGCGCUCCUCAGAGUUGGUGGACAGCGUUCAGACGGUGGACAUCAUGGUGGAGGACGUGCUGUGCCGACAGUAUCUCCUUGAGGCCUUCAAUUACCAGAUACUUCCCUUCCGACAGCAUGAAAUGCAGUGCUCGCGGACGCUCAUUCGUUCUGACGUCAUGUCGCUCAUCACCUUUGGCGGGACACCGUACACCGACAACGACCGCACAGUGAGCACCAAGGUGUACUACCUCCCCGACAUUGCUUCGCGCCAAUUCAAAGAGCUGACGGAGAUGGAGGCGGGCUGCAGCCACGCUUGUGUCGCCGUACUCGACAACUUUGUGUAUGUCGUCGGUGGACAGCACUUACAGUACCGCAGUGGCGAGGGGGCGGUGGAUAGCUGUUUCCGCUACGACCCUCAUCUGAGCCAGUGGCUGCGCAUCCAACCCAUGCAGGAGGCUCGUAUCCAGUUUCAGCUCAACGUGCUGCAUGGACAGCUGUACGCCACCGGGGGGCGCAAUCGAUCUGGCAGUCUGUCAUCUGUAGAGUGUUACUGUCCGAAGAAGAAUGAGUGGUCUUAUGUGGAACCACUAAAACGCCGGAUUUGGGGUCACGCAGGCACCCCCUGCCGAGAGAAGCUGUACAUCUCGGGCGGUUACGGCGUCUCGUUAGACGACAAGAAAACUCUCCACUGCUACGAUCCAGCGUCGGACCAGUGGGACUUCAAAGCUCCCAUGAAUGAACCCAGAGUGCUGCACGCCAUGAUCAGCACCAAGGAUCGGGUGUACGCCCUGGGUGGUCGCAUGGACCACGUGGACCGUUGCUUUGACGUGCUGGCAGUCGAGUAUUACAUUCCAGAGAGCGACCAGUGGACCACCGUCAGCCCCAUGAGAGCGGGCCAGUCCGAGGCAGGCUGCUGCUUGCUGGACAGAAAGAUCUACAUCGUCGGCGGCUACAACUGGCACCUGAACAACGUCACGAGCAUCGUUCAGGUGUACAACACAGAGACAGACGAGUGGGAGAGGGAUUUGCACUUCCCAGAAUCCUUUGCUGGAAUCGCUUCGACACCGAUUCUACUUCCACAGAACACCACUCAGCACUGAGCAUCUGACCUGCGACUGUGAACAUUUUAUUCCAUGUGCUCUUUCUGCCGACCGUCGAGUCAACACAAGGUGUGAACGUUAUGUAAGUGUGUGUGUGUGUGUGUGCGUGUGUGUGUUCAUAUGAGCGAGUGCCCUCAAAAGCUACUGAACUGCAUCACUCAGAAGUGUGUGUCAUUUUCUAGCCUUGUUUUGAAUAACACGUUUAUUCAACUAUUCAUUAAUAUUUCAUGUAAAAACAAACAAACUUGUAAGGGUCUUUCUUUGAGACAUUUUGAACUUUUGAAUUAAAUCUUUGACUGCUGACCAACACAUGUUGAUAUGUUCAAGUGAGGAAGGUAUUGUUGAGUAAUCUGUUGUUUGAAUAUAUUUGUGGAUAUAAUUAUUAGACCACUGUGACCGCUGUUUGCUGACUCUUCCUUUGCGGUUCUUCAUGGAGCCAGACUGGGUUCUCUUCUUAAGCUUGUAAUGGAUUCCAAACCGGUUAAUAAUACCUCUUCAUUAAGCACCAAGAUGGCCGUCUUUGUCGAUAUCAUCUUGCAGUCCUCUUCCACAUUCGGUUGUUGACUUUUCAUAUACAGUUUAUGCAUAAAAUAAUUGGCUCAAAAAAUGUUUUCGGUCAUCGAGUGUGAAUUUUGGAAUGUUUACAGUUUCAGUACAUAUGUUUGAACAUAAUGUAUGUAUUGAAUUAUUCCAUGUAUGUGUGUCUUUAGCUGUAAUCGUUUAAACAGUUCAAACAAAAUAACUGAAGGUCUGUUGUGUAGACUUUGGAAGGAAAGCAGGCGGUCUAAUGGUUAUUUCUAAAGCUCAGAUCUGUCUGAUGCCCAAUUGGAACAUGUGAAGUCAUGUAUGCUUGAAGAGAUCAUUCCAGAGUAGCAUUAGCUAAACGUGUAGGAUUUUUUUAUGACAGAAAUAUUGAUGGUUCAGUCUGUAAAAGUGUUAAAGUUUUACCAAUCAAAGGGCUUUAGUUACAUGCAGCACAAAUAGUCUCUUUUGAUUUUAUCCUAUCAUUUAAUCGGAGCAGGUGCAGAGACAUUAACACACUCAACCUUUAUCACUUUGGACGUUUUGAUUGUACAGUUGUGAUUUAUUUUUUUUUUUUAAUCUUCUUGUAAUUUUGUUAUUCAGAAAAUCUUAAUGUUCGAUGUCUCCUGAGGUGUACUAAUCAACAGACCACAUAUCAACACACGGUGACGAUGGCACAAAAAUCGAGUGUUGGAUGUGUUUCGACUUUGAACCAGUCGUUCCACAUCACGGUGUUAAUGUUUAUUAUUUACCACUGCCCUCGUGCUUCCUGAGCUGAAACCCACACAAAGCGGUGGGGACGUCUUACGGCAGCUACAUGACUCGUGUGUGUGUCCUUUAGAACAUCUGUGUGUGCUGCUCUUUGUGUUCAAGGAGCACCACGACUUGCACAAAGCACAUGAUUUGUCCUUAAGGUAACAUUUAACUGUGCGAAGGGUAAUUGUUAUUUAAAAAGUGAAGCUAUUUCUCAGAUUUUUCACAAAUGUUUAAUUCACACAGCUGGUGUUUUCAUUUUUACUGCAUUGCUGCACUUUCCAGAUUCCUGACGCUGACAACGUCCGUGUGCUCAACGCGUUUACUAGUAAGAAGCAAACUUCUUGGUUUUCUUUUCCAGCAUGAUGGUGAGGAGCGUCCUGUCUAAACCUGUCUCCUGUCUGCCUUAGUGCGUCUUCGUCUUGGUCUACCUGUGUCAGUAAAAGCACAUUAUAUUGUUGAAGUGCAAUAUAAAGGAAACUGCUGUAGUCAAAGGGGAAUGUACACGUUUGUGUAGCUUUAUGUGCUUCCUUUAAUAAAGCUGUCUCAUGUUUUAAAAAUA